AUGGCGAUGCCUGCACCAGACGGAGUUGCAGGAGGAUCCCUUCAGGCCCUGAUAGGGAACCUGUCGGCAGCAGCGCAAGCUUUGGCAAGUGCUGCAGGUACAGGAAGUACCAGAAGUUACGACUCUGCAGCUAAGCUGGUGAAGAGUCCGGAUGUGUUCGCUCCAAAGAAUCUGGAGGAGGAAGUUUCACAGUGGCCAGAUUGGAGUUUCAGUUUCAAAGUGUUUGUGGGCUUCAUUGAUCCCACCUAUGCAGAAGAGUUGAAGAAAGUGGAGCUGGCACCACCAAAUCCAGCAGAUUAUACAGUUGGUGAAAGAGAGAGAAGUACAAAGCUGUAUGCGAUUUUGGCCUCGCAGAUCACAGCUGAAGCAGCGCGCCAAGCAAGAAGAGUUGAGAUGACACAAGAGUGGAACGAUGAAGAUGAAGAGCUCAACUUUGUGAGAUUGUGUCAAGAGUUUGAAGGUUUGGUUCAAGGAGAGCUGAGAAGAGUUGAGGAGUUUGAUAUCUCUUCGAGCGAUGAAGUGGAAGAGAUCGAGGAAGAACCGACUGAUGGUUUGAUGGAGUGGUAUCAAGGAUGGUGGUUCUUGGAAACAGAAGUUGAAAGAAGUGUGAGAAUGGUUUCUGAAGGAGAUGAAGUGAGAAGAACAGCAAGAGAAGUGGAUGCAUGUGAGGUAGUGCUCGACAGUGGAGCUGACUGCCAUGUGUUGCCUAUGGAUUGGGCAGAAGAAGUCGGAGAAACUUCGAACUUUGAGUACCAUCUGAAAGAUGCGCAAGGGAAAGUGAUCCCAACGUUGCCUGUGAGGCAGAAUGUGACGUUUGUUUUCACAAAGGAGUCUGGAAAGAAGUUGAAGAUCACUGACAGUGCUGUUUGCGGCAAUGUCACCCAACCUUUGUUUGCGGUAGGAAAGAUGUGGAAGCUAGGUUGGGGUACGGUGAAUGAGGAUGGAAGAUUGUGGUUGAAGAAAGGAAGUGUUCGGAUACCGAUAUACUUCAAAAGGCUGGAGCGAGAACUGAAGAAUGAGUUGAAGAGCAAAGAAGAUGAAGAUGGUUGGUUUGUGCUAAAUGACGGCACGCCUGCAAGGUUUGAUUGGUUUAUGGGGAAGACGUUUGACCCAACGGGAAAGAUGAAAAGAAGUGGAGAAAGAGUGUUGAAUGAAGUGGAUUGGAAGAGUAUGGAUUUCUUUGAGUGUACGGAGAUCUGGAAGGAUCGCGAAAGAGUGCAACUUGGGGCGAGUCCUCAAGCAAGGUUUGAGGUGAUGGUCACCUUGUUGGAAAAGGGAUUGAAGGAACCGAGUGACUAUGGGUUGCUCACGAACUUGGAAGAGCUUGAAAGAGAACUGGCACAAGAAGGAGUGCCAAUGGAGGCAUAUCAGCCGGAGCUUUUGCAACUUUCGGUUGGAGCUCCAUGGGAUCAUCAGCUGAAGGCUUUGAGGUUUAAGAAGAAGAGAAUUGUGCCUAUUGAUGAUGGGCCAGGACUGCCAAGAUUGGCGGUGGAAGCUGACAAAAGAGUAGAAGAAGAAAAGAGAAGCGAGCCUUCGCCGCCAAGCGACCGCCAAGGAAGCUCAAGUUCUUCUAGCAAGAGUUCGUCGCUAUCUGGAGCAACGCCAGAAGCAAUGGACGACGAGAGCGAUGACGAUGACGAUGAUCCAGGAGAGGUGAGAACAAAGAGAAAAGCAGAAGAUGAAUUGGUGCCCGAUGAAAUGACGUUGGAAGAGUUUCAAAGAGAAGUUGCAAAGAGGAAUGCAGAAGAAGAAGGAGAAGGGUCACCAAAGAAAGAACCAAGAGUAGACGAAGGAACUGGAGAGGUAGAAGAAAGAGUUGAAAAGGUGCCGAGACUUGGAGACGAAGCACGAGGAAGCGCGGCACGAGUGGAAUACCAUAUUUGGAGAUUCGCCAAGAGCGAAGAUCCCGAAGAGCAUGGAGAUGAGUAUGUUGAUCUCGACGAGACACAGUUGUUUCUGGAAGAAAGUCGAGAGUUCCAGAGCAAGUGGAACGAGAAGGUGUGUGAGACAGAAGAGGACAUAACGGCCAAGCUGCGAGCCGCUUUGGAGAAUGCUUUGGCCGAGCUAGACAAGGACGACGAGAGGGAAGCCAAAAGAAGGAAGACAGCCAAGACAGUAGAGGUAGUUGACUUGAGCAAGGAAGAACCACAGGCCAGCUUUCACACACCUUCGCCGAACAAGCGUCUGUUCAGUCCUGACAGCAAGGGUGGAGACAGGCAGAGCCCAGGCAGCCAGAGCCCAGGCAGCCAGAGCCCGGGCAGCCAGAGCCCAGACAGCAACCCUGUGCAAAAGAGAAAGAUAGAACAGCUCAAAAAGACCUUAGGCCAAGGCAGUCCAGUCUACUACAGGCUAGACUACCUUUGGGGCAAGGCAGCAGAGGCAGAGGCUAAGCCCGGCCUUUCGCCAGACACAGCUAGUGACAGACAGAAACAGCAGCAAGCUGAGAACCUGCAAAACCUGCAGCAGAAAGCCAGCCAAGCAGUGGAAAAGCUCGGACUGGAGCCAGCUCUUGGGGUUCUUAAAAAGAGACGGGGAGGCAGACCGCUAGGCAGUAAGCAGAAGACGAAACCGGUGCCGCAUCUUCGCAAGAAGCGAUGUGAUGUGACAGCCAGAGCCAAGCUUUCCAUCAUGGAAGAGUUAGACAGAGCAGCCGUAGAGCAGAAAAGCAAAAGUGCAGCCAGGCAGCAUGUCAUGAGGCAGUAUGGUGUGAGCGAGUCUUUUUGCUUCAACCUGCAAAGAGACUAUCACAGACAGAAAGCCAGACUUUCUCCGUCUGAGACCCGUGCUUGGGCCUUGAAUGAGGAAGCCAGCCAGCACGUCCUGACGAGCACAGACCUGCUGAUGGACUUCGAAGAAAGGCUCGACAAAGCCAUUGCAGUCAGGCAGGCAGAACAGGAAAAGGGUCUUCUUGACCAGACAGGUGAGAAGGAGCUGGCAGCCAUGGUGCAAAAGAAAGCCUCGCUAGCCAACAAGCCAAAGCAGAGGAGCAAGUACCAGGUCCAGCUCCUCGCAAAGUGCGGUCUUCGAAACAGAUCCUGCCAACAGACAGCCAACCUGAGCAAGGAGGAUGAGAAAGCCAGGCUAGACUUGUCCUGGCGACUUUGGGACUUGCUUUUGGAACAGGCAGCCAGUCCCACGCCACAGCCGGACUUGCCUGUAGCAAGCCCAGAGCAGUGGACGAUAAAGCGAGCAGAGACAGCCAUCACCAUGUCAGAUCAAGUACCUGCUUGGCUCAAGCCAACGCCAGGGAAGGUGUUGACAUCGGUGGUGCGCUUGAAGCUAGCCAGCGAGCAAAGCAAGGCAGUGCAGAACUUCUUUGCGCCAGACAGACAGCCAGUGGGUGUCGUUAUGCCCACGAUACUUGUCACAUACGGCAAACACUGCAGACUUGAAAACAUCAGCCAGGAAGGCACGUGGAUCAAGUCCGAGUGCUUCCAGGUAGGCAGCCAGACAGUCAGGAGAAGGGCAGGCCAGCGAGUGCCAGGACAGGUCAUGCGCACUUGGCGCAAACUGCGACAGACCCAGCCACACCUGUUUGAUGGCAGUGUCAGGGUGUGGUGCCAGCCAGCCGCAGUGGUAGAUAGCGUGAUUUACAGAUGGCAGCUAGAGCUCGAGUCAGAAGAGCACAGCCAGGCAGUGCAGCUCGUCGAUAUGUUCGGCGGAGCAUGGACGACGGAGUCCAUGCACGCCGCUGCACUCCUGCAGCGAGCUCAGACAGGCAUUGCAGCCGGGUGCACCGGCUUGACCCAGGUGACAGACAUCGGGUUCGCCCAGCCAGCCAAGGCAGCUCUCAAAAGGUGGCAGGAAGACUUGAAGCAGCGCAUGAGAGAGAAAGCCAGACAGCAAAAGGUGCAGUUAUAA